AGGAGGUUAGGAUGUUGGCCAUGGAUUCAUACUCUACCCUGUCCGACGUGGUCUCUUCCUGGGUCGAGGACCGCAAGUUCAUCCUGCGGGGCUGGUGUCUCAUCUUCAGCGUCCUUGCAACCCUGAUGGUGCUCAGCGUGGUGGAUGGACGUCUGGCCUACUUGCAGGGCUCUUAUACUGGCUACCUGGGCAUCUGGACAGACUGCAGGAAGCACGAGUGUGCCAACUUGGGCCAAGUCCCCGUUCUCAUCCAUAUGAGCAUGGGCUUCAUGAUGCUGGCCCUGAUCCUGUGUCUCACCCUCCUCCCCACCAUGUGCCUCUCCUUCCAGCCAGUCUUCCGACGCCUGACUAAGAUCGACCUUGUCUUCAGUUCUCUCAGCUUCAGCACUGGGUUCCUGAUUGUUCUCAGUCUGACACUCUUUGUGGUCAACUGCGAGACGCUGCAGCCGAGGCCACAGGUAUCCUACCUGGUGGCCACCUACCUGUGCUGGGCGGCCGGCGCCUUGAUGCUGUGGACCGGAGCUCUGAGCUACUUAAACCACCUGCGCAUACGGCGCAAAGGGACGUCCCUUAAGGCGCGGCGGGUGAGCCACCGUCGGUGGGUCUUGCGGCAGAACACCCCGAGACGCAUCUCCCAACAGCAGUCCGACGCGGACCAGGAGCACACGGUGGGCCUGCCCAAUACACUCAACCCCUCAAGCCUCUCGAAGCAGUCGCACCCGAGCUUCUCAGGGCAGUGAUCCCCGUCAGAUACCGGCCGAUCCCCUUCGUCUUGGCCACGUGAUUAGACCUCCCUGCGAGGCCCCACUUCCGAAGAACGUGCCCCACCCCUCGAGCUACGGUCUACCCUUCUCGGCUCUGUUCCCGCCCACUGAAUCCUCAUCCUGCCCCCGCCCCUACAGUGCGACACCAUCCCCCCCCGCCGUGUCCGUAAGCUGUCAGCUGUGCAACCGGUUGGUGUGCCCCCCACCCCCAGCCUAGCUAGGGCACGUCCCUGGGUAUCUAGCCCUCUCAGGCCACGCCCCCGCCGGAGCGCCGCACUGCCCCGCAUUUGAUGUAGCUACGCCCUCCUGGGGAACCACCCUCUCCCCCAGAAAGGCGUGGCUUGGGAUAACAUCUCCUACCCGCCCCCCAACUGACUUUUCCCACACAAUAAAACGUGGGCGCCUCACAACCUUGAAGUCCGACCCUCCAUUGCGUCCUCUCCCCCAGGGCAGAGUCGGGUCCCACGUGUGUGAACCUUGCUUGCCCUUCGGGGUCUGAGCCUCUCUGCAGGCUUGUCUACACCUGUCUCUGCUCCUUCAUUUCCCCUAGCUCAUUCGUGCACGCCUCCUGCCGCGAGCCUGGGAGGGUUGGAGAGGCUCUAGACGGGCCGGGUGGAUCCCCAGCUUCCAGGUUCCCUGCG